ACACUCCGCGCGGCACCACACCCGCACCAAAACAACACGCGACACCGCCCCCGACCGGCGACCGGGCCUCCUCUGUGCACUGGACGUGCCACGUGCGUGCUCGCGGUUACAGAGACAUGUGAAAAACUAAACCUCAGUGACGUCCCCGGCAGUAUGCGGUGCGAUAGUGACACACGCAAAAUGAAAUAAUAAGAGCGCAGGGUGACCCCCGGCAUGAGGUCGGGGGAGGCGGGCGAGGGCUCGGAGCUGGCGGAGUUUGGCACGCGUUGGCCGCCGCCGUACGCGCAGGGCUAUGGAUGGCGCUCCGCCACGCCGCAGCACCCGCCCGCGCACCACCUGGCCCGACACUCGCGAUCGCAGCAGUGGUUGCAGGACAGUCGGCAGCCGAGCUACGAGGCGGAGGAUGCGCGUGCGCGGGCGCGGGGCGGCGUGUACUACUCGCCGCCCGGCACCUCCUACACCAUCGUGGAGCGGCCCGCCUCGUCCCACGGGCACCACGCCUCCUACUCGCAGCAUCACCAGUACUCCGGGAAGCUCUCCCGGGCGCCAUAUCUAGGUUCUUCCACUAUUGCUAAUAGCGCAGCAGGAGCAACGAGCUUACGCAACAGCACGAACCACCUGUCGGCGAGCAACGGCAAGAAGCGGCCGAUCUCUCCGGAGCAGGUGUUGCGGCUGUUCGGGCAGGGCGGCGCGGCGGCGCUAGGCAAGGCUCUGCCCCCCUCGCACCCCCCGCAGCCGCUGCCUGCACCCCUACCCGCGAGGAGGCACUCCCCAGCCAGCAGUCCCAGCAGCACCACGCAUCAUGCGAUAUACCGCGGCGGCGAGCGCGAGCGGCCGUACUCGUCGGGGGGCGCGCCGCCGCCGCCGGCGGAGCCCGCCACUCGCACCGUCACCAUGAGCCGCGACCCCAACGACUCGCACGGCUUCGGCAUCUGCGUCAAGGGCGGGAAGGAAGCUGGUGUGGGUGUGUACAUAUCGCGUGUGGAGGAGGGCUCGGUGGCGGAGCGCGCAGGGCUUCGCCCCGGGGACUCCAUCCUGCAGGUCAACGGCACACCCUUCUCCGGGAUCUCCCAUGAGGAUGCCCUUAAGAUGCUGAAAUCGUGCCGGCAGCUGACGAUGACGGUGCGAACGGCGGGCGCGCUGGUGGGCCGUGCCUCCUGCUCGUGGAUGGACCGAUACGGCCGGCCUGCGUCGCCGCCGCCGCCGCGCCCCCCGCGCUCCGCCAGCAAGGACCGCUCUAUACGCAGGGUGGACUUGUGCAUAGAGCCCGGUCAAUCGCUAGGGUUGAUGAUUAGAGGGGGGCUGGAGUAUAACCUCGGCAUCUACAUCACAGGUGUAGACAAGGACUCUGUCGCCGAUAGAGCUGGUCUCAUGGUUGGCGACCAAAUCCUAGAGGUGAACGGGCAGUCGUUCGUGGACGUGACGCACGACGAAGCGGUCGCGCAACUAAAGUACCACAAACGGAUGUCACUCCUGGUGCGGGAUGUGGGGAAGGUGCCCCAUGCGUGCACCGCUUAUGGGGAGAGAGACGCUGCGCCGAGAAUAAGCGGUUGGGGCAAACGAAGAGGCGCAGCGUCGGUAGCAGUGGAGCAGAAGGCUCGAUCGCUCAUACCACAGAGCGACCUCCCAGCUCUCGCCUACUACAUGGAAGAGUACGCGGCGAGGAGACUCACUCCCGACGCCUUCCUCACCGUCUUGAGGGAUCUACUUGACACGCCGCAGAAGUAUACGCUUCUAACGGAAAUCAGGGAGUUCAUGCUGCCUGACGACCGGCCGAGGUUCGACGAGCUGGUGUACAGGCGGGGGGAGGAGCCGCUGGAUCACCAUCUCAAGCGCGGGGGCGAGAGGCACAUGCUGCCGUCCUCGACGAUGCACGAGUUGCACGACCCGGAGGGGCCGGCGGAGGCGGCGCUGGUGGCCGACCACCGCUCGCCGUCCGAGGACUCCGGCCUGGGCCUGCCGCCGCACGAUCAUGCCUACAGGAGCGGGCGCGGCUGGCGCGCGGCGGGGGAUGCGCCGCCGCCCGACGACGACCUGGAGCCACCACACGAGGAGUACGAGGAGGAGGGGAGGAGAUCGAGGAGGCACUCCUCGCCGUGCAACUCCAGAGAGGGCAGCACUACUGCGCUCCACACACAACACUACGACGACACUGAUCAGUGCGGCUAUCUCGAGGGGCUGCGCUCAUCACUCGGUGGCUGGACGCAGAAAGUUAAAUCAUGGUACUGGGGACGACCUCUAGAAUUAGCGCAUAAGCUGUCGAGAAGUUUCGACAUGAAGGAGGACGGAGGGGGUUUACUUGAAGAGCGGGGCGGGAUCCGGCGCCACCAGUCCAUGCAGCGGCUGCAGCACGGGGACCCGCAGCUAGAUGAGGGGCGCGCGGCGCGGGUGGUGUCCGACCACCACGGCAACCUGCACAUCACCGUCAAGAAGACCAAGCCGAUCCUCGGCAUCGCGAUCGAAGGCGGAGCUAACACCAAGCAUCCGCUGCCUAGAAUAAUUAAUAUCCACGAGCACGGUGCAGCGUACGAGGCAGGCGGGUUGGAGGUGGGGCAGCUGAUCCUGGCGGUGGACGGCCACCGGGUGGAAGGCAUGCAGCACCAGGACGUGGCGCGGCUCAUAGCGGAGUCUUUCGCACAGAGGGACAAACCGGAAAUCGAGUUCCUUGUGGUUGAAGCAAAGAAAUCCAAUCUGGAACCAAAGCCAACCGCGCUAAUUUUUUUGGAGGCCUAACAUCUACUCUCCCUCCCCGCCAGCGACCCGCCGGUCGCGCUGGGCAGCGCGACUCUGCGGGCCGACCUCACCGACCCCACCACGGAAUAGCCAACUCCAACCUGCGCUGCCACAUGCUCUUUUAAACGCGCACGACAACUACUGCUCCAAGCUCCAGCACUACACGAACCUUAUCGAACUCCAACUCUUGAUCUAGAGUCGAUAGGACAAUUUACUCCAUCACGAAAAAAAAUCACCAGGGUUUUUAAUAUCUACGCGUCAUUGACGCGUCGUAAACAUUGGCGGAAGGUAUCGUGGCAGCGGAAGCGGGGCAGUCAGCGAAGCGCGUUUGCUCUACAGGGGACCUGACAACUGAACGGACGAUGAACAUCGACAUCAACUCUACGGAUCUGAGGUUGCAUCGCAAUGAAGAGAUAUUGGAUUGAACUGGCGUCACGACGCAGGUGAUCUAGUAGGCUAUACAGUUUAAUGGCACAGGGAGGCAAUCAAACUUUUUACACCUUGACGAAUUGUCCAGAAUUUGAAAAAAAUAUUAGUUACGAAGCACACUGCCCGAGAAGUUUCAAAAUUUUCUUCUAAAUCGUCCCACUUUCUUAAAGGGACUUUCGGGUGGUAUGAAACGAUUUUGUAAAUCAUUUUCUAGAGUAGCAUACCAAUUUUACCAGUAGUCAGCGACUGAAUUUUAUAAAAUGAAAAUUCUCCUACUUUUACCAAUUACUAUAAGUUCAUCUUAAAAUCACACAUUUUAAAAGAUCACGAUAAAAAUUUUGCAGGUAGAUUCGAUCUAUUCAAUUCCGUAACUAAUUUAAAUAGCAAAUAGAUUUGUAAAAAGAUGACGAUAACAUAGAUCUUACGAUGUUCAUUUUGAAACGAAUCGUGCUAAUAGUUAUUGAUUGGAAAUGGUGCUAUGGAAAGAGAUCAUCUUUCAAAUUUUCGACAUCUCGGAUCAUGUCACAUGUAGUUUUCAGUAGAGUUCGAUAGUGCUUUUGAUCAGCGCGUACAUAGCAUUUCAUCAAGGAGUCACGAGGGUGAGUCAUCCAUGUGCCAUCAGCGUAGCGGGAGGUUGUGUCGGCGGCAGCUCAUCCGACAUGCAGCUAGCAUGCACUCGCCAGCUAGCAGCCUAGAGCCAUCGUCAUUGUAGAGCAGAGCUUGCAGCAUGACGCGCGCCCCUAAGCAAGCUGCUCCCUUUUUGUUUACAUCUUUUUUUAAUCAAAUUCCUUUAUCGUAGUCAAAAUCACGAAUCCCUUGAUUAUAUACACUAGUAAUUUCAAUAUAUCUCAAUUACUUCACUAUUAAUAAAUCUUCCAUUGGCAUGUUUCCUACAUAAUUUCUAUAGAGCAUAGCUUGGUUCAGUUUGCUUAGCGAGGCCACAUCGACGGUGCGUCAAACAUGUCAUUCCAUCAGGUAGAUAAGCGGUGAGUUAACGAAAUUAUGGCGGAGAGGGAUUUUAGCCCACUCUUUUAUUUAUAAAAGUAGAUAUAAGUGAAUGUGUGCAAUAUAACCAAAUAUUAUGUUAGAUGUUAGAUCAAUAAACAAAUUUUUGGCAAUGAUAUAAAUUGAUAUAAUAUUAUAGAGAUCUUGAGACGUCACAAAUGUAUAGUCAGUCACAAAGUGAAUAUUAUAUCUAAUGACGUGGUCAAUAUAUAUAUAAAACAUAUUUUCCGAUAUAUCAAUGUGUGUUGCUAGUGCUUCUAAUAUAACAACAGGCUGUAGAUAUUGUACACGUUCCAAUAAUGUAUUACAUAUACCUUGUAUAAAUGUAAUAUGCUCUAACUGAUUUCAUUAUUUCGUUUUGUCGACAAAGAUUCCAUGUACUGUUGUAAAUAUAUAUCUGUACCUACUACAUAAGCUGUAAAUAUCAGAUUUGAUGUAUUUGUAAUAUAAAAUUAAUAUAAAUAUUUAUUGAAGUUAGUGCCAAAAGCAUUUGACAAUCCCCUCUAUAUGUGUGUACAGUUUGCGACGCUCCCGCCAGUACUGAUACAGAUUUUAUUCUACUUUGUAUGUCGACGCUACACAGGUACGCUUCUAAAUGUUAGGAUUUGAGCAUUACGUCAUUCAUGUUUUAAUUGGAAAUUGUACCUAAACACGUUGCAUAAAAAUAAAUAUUUUAAAAUCCAUGUUUUCACAUUGUACACGUAGAAACUAUUUUCAAUACAUACAUAAUAGUUUCGUUUUUUUAAGCAUGUGAAUAGUAUAAAAUUAAGUCACACAUAGUCAUCCGCCUUUCCAGAAUUUGAAAUUUUAUCCCUUUAAAUAAAUUUAAUUAAAUAAAGAAAUAAACAGAGUAUGCACUGAAACAACUAUAUUUUGUACGAGUAAUUAUAGUUAAUUUAACUUAUACCUAAUGUAUUUAAAGUUACCUAUAAGUUUGUAUGGUUACAUUAAGUGGAAUGUGGAUAUAUAUUUAAACAUCGGGCUGGCGAGCCAGUCUUUAUUUGAGUCAAUUCAUCGUUUAUGUAUUUAACACGUCGAAUCAAAAGCAAUUUUAAAUGUAGUGUAUAAGAUUUAUUUUAAUAAAAAUGGGAAAAUAUCAUGUUAAAACAUUUAUGAUUUGUUUAAUUUGCAUUUAAAUCAUAUAUUUUUGUAAGAUUUGUUUACCAACAGCUUUUAUCUUACAUAUACGCGUAACACCUGAUUAUUGUGAGCCGUCCAUUUGUGUUGGCGUUUGGUUUCCCUGACGGUGUAAGGUUAGUGUGAAUUUUGUAACUAAUCGACCUUAGCUAGUUCUCGUGUUGGUAAACAUUUCACAGUUACAACGUUUAAACUUCGCAGGUGUUCCGUUGAGAAGAUCUAUGUUGUAGUCUGUUGUUAAGUUUGUCGUUGAUGACAAAAAUAUAUUGUUAUC